GAACGUUAUAAGUUCUGCUAUACCAGGAGGUAAAACCAGCGAUCAGAGAAGAAGCCAUGAUCUUCUCACCACAAACCAUACUGGGCCUCCUCCUUGGCACAAUCUUGCUCUGCAGCCAGGCAGAAGACACCUGUCCAGUUGUACCUAGGGGGUUUUAACCCAUUUGUGACCGUGCUGCCUAAGGACUACAGGAAAUGAAAAUUUCAGUAGUAAAAUGGAUCGGUGUUGAUGAAUCAGGCAAACUGGCUAUUCUAAGAGGAUGCCCAGGGAUCCCAGGACACCCGGGACUGCAGGGACCUCCAGGACCCCAGGGAUAUAAAGGUGAUCAGGGAUUUCCUGGCCAAAUAGGAAAACUGGGACCAACUGGAGAGAAAGGAGGCACAGGAGAAAAAGGUGACCCAUACACUCCGAUUGAUCCAGCUGCAAAGAACUGCAAGGAGCUGAGGGACCACGGCGUGGUUCUUGAUGGCUGGUACACAAUAUACCCAGACGGCAUGCAGCCUCUGAUGGUGCUAUGUGACAUGACUACGGAUGGAGGAGGAUGGAUAGUGUUUCAGAGACGUGUGGACGGUUCGGUAGACUUUAACCAAGACUGGGAGACCUACAAAAGAGGGUUUGGAAAUCAUCUCGGUGAAUUCUGGUUGGGUAAUGAGAAUAUUCACCGGCUUACAUCCAGAGGUAAAUUUAAUCUCCGUGUGGAUUUAGAAGAUUUUGACAAUAAGCGAACCUACGCCAUAUACAGGGAUUUUAGACUUAGCGGAGAAAAGUGGUCCUACACUUUGUACAUCGGUAAAUUCGUUGAAGGCACCGCAGGCAACUCCCUGGUUCAUAGUGCUAGCGAACCAUUCAGCACGCACGAUAAAGACAACGAUAAACUUGCCCAAGCUCACUGUGCAAAAAAGUAUCAGGGCGGCUGGUGGGACUGACUGCGGUGGAUCCAAUUUGAACGGCUUGUACCUGCGGGGAGAACAUGGGCCUGAAAAGGACGGACACGCUGGUGUUACCUGGAGGACGUUCAGAGGGGAUCAUUACUCGUUAAAAAUGACAGAAAUGAAAUUUCGUCCUAGAGAUUAACAAAUAUGAAACAGAUGUGCGGUAUCUUAUGCUGUUGUGGACACAUUUACAAUAAAUAUGCAAAACAUAGAAGACUUGGUCUGAUGGUGGUACUGUAUAUAUCACCUACCAGACACCAGCGCCUGUAAUACAUCAAUAGGGAGGAGCGUCAGAGCCUUA